AUGCAAGCGGUGAUCGUCGUUCUGUGUGCGCUGUGUGUGCUGGGUCUGUCUCAAAUGACUUUCACUGAUCGCUGGAAUAAGAGGGAUGCACCGUUGUACGAGCUGUUCACCUCUGCAAAAGUUUUGGAUUUUUUGAAGUCAUGUUUUUACCAUUCGGAGAACAGAGUCUUUCUGAUGUCUCUGACCAGUUUGAGCAAUAUUUUUUUUAGAUUCUGGCUCUAA